AUGAUGCUGAGCGCCAUUCUAUCCCGCGUGUCGCUCGCAUCGAUUGGCUUUGGUGGAAAUUACAGCCACACUGUCCGUAUAUCGUGGCUGCUGAACUACAUGGAGGAGGCGGGCCUGCGGGACGAGGACGUCGUGGUGAUGUUCGACGGCGGUGACACCUUUUUUACCGGACUUCUUGCCGCAAAGCGGGCGGUGGAGGGCUUCAUGACAAAAACGGCGCCCAGCGCAGACGCCUUCAACGCCACGGCGGUGCAUCGAGGUGAGGCAAGUGCCCCCAUGCUCUUCUCGGCGGAGCCGCCCUGUUUCGCACCGCAGGUAGACCUCGUGGUCCAGUAUGGACCCGAAGGUGACUACGAGCGGUGCUGCUGGUUUUACGAACGCCUGUGGAAGGCCGCGAACUCUUCUGCAGACCAGCGCUUGGUGCAAUCGCCGCCUUCGGGGUUUCGCUACCUCACUGCUGGCGGAAUGGUGGGGCGUGUGUGGGCGAUUCGGGAGGCGUCCAAGGCCUACGCGAGCCUUUUGGCAAAGAGUGAUGAGUGGUGGUGCGACCAGAGCAUCUGGGCGCUGUUGUUUAUGUGGAGCGUAACUCAGGACCCCGUUGUGGAUCCCGCCCUUCGCAUACGUUACGGCCUUCUGAGCCUUGACUACAACAACUCCUUCUUUCUCACGCCGCGUAAAGGGCUUUUUGGGUCUCCGGCGAUUAUUCAUUUUCCCGGAGCAUACACGCAGUGGCGCAAAAAAUUGCCUGGACUGCUGAACUACACAUAA